GCCCGCCCCCCUCCAUACAAUCUAUUGCUGAACCUCCUCUAACAGCAUCUGCUCUUCGUCCUUCGGCGGCACCUUGACCACCAACUAGCCACGUUGCUCCUUCGCCUUUUUGCUGGACCUUCUUUCUAUCGUCAACCUCUUUCUAUUUCAUCCACGUUCCACAGAUUCUGAUCAUCUCCCAUCGCCUCACAAUCUCCAUCACCCUCCACACCACCCCUUCAUCGCCACCCACAUUGACCCUCCUCCUCGACCACGUCUUCCCCACGACCAAACUGAACCACCUCCUCCUCAUCCUCCUCUUCGUCUACACCAUCCCCCCCUUCUCUUUAUUCAUCUCUUCGCUCUCACAAAUAAUUCCCCCACGCGAUGGCGCGACUCCCGCCACGGGCGACCCGUCGCCACCCCGGGUGAUGGGCAAGAAGACGAGGAAGAGGAAUAACCACAACAACAACAAUAAGGAGGAGAAGAAGAAGAAGAGGGCGGACACUUUGAUUAAUAAAGGGCGGCGGUGGUGGUGGUGAAGUGGACGAGACGGCGGCUGCGGCUGCGGCGUGCGCUGGGAUCGCGGUGGCUCCUCGCCCGAGGGUCCCGUGAUACCCCCAUCAUCAACCACUAUCUCCAGCUCGACCAACAACAACAACAACCACCACCACCACCGGCUCGGGGCGCUGAGGGAGACGGCGACGAGGGGGGUCAAGCAACCGGGGAUCACAAGAGGAGGAGGAGGCGGCGGCGGCGGCACGAGCAGCUGGGCGACGCGCGGGGGAAGCCGGCAACACGCGACUUUCGCUAAGAACACGGGACGAAGAUAAGAAGAAGAAGAAUAAGGAGGAGAAGUUUCCGGAAGGAGGUUGAAGACAACGAGGAAGGAGGCUGAGGAGGAGGAGGCUGAGGAGAAGGGGCCCCGAGCCCCUGGGCCCUGCCUCGCUCCGCACGCGGCGCCAUCUUGGCUCGGGGCCGCCCCUCGCGUCCGCGGCCCCGGGCGGCGGCGGCGGCGGCACGGCCCCGGUCACGCCGCCGGGCCCCCCAGCCGGGAGACUCCGCGCUCGCUCUCUCUCCCUCUCUCCACCGUCUCGACUCCUCUCGUGUCUGCAACAGUAGUCAGGGCGGCGGAAGGCCGCCGUGCUGCUGCUACUUCUGCUGCUGUUUUAAUUGGGGUUUUGGAUGAUCACGCGUCCGUCAACGUCGCUCACGCGCGCACUGUACGGCGGCAUCGCCUCCUCGCAUACCGACAUAGGCGGCGUGACCACUGCCCCGCUCCGUCUCACCGCAGACACAUUGUUAUUAUUUAUUGUUUCGAACAGACUGGGUCUCAUGGCGACGAGUAUGCGCCUCUAGAAGAACGCACGGGCGAAGUAGAGGAAGGUGGUGGUGGUGGAGAGGAGAAUCGUUUGGGAAGGAGACCCGCAACAACUUGCCCCCUCGCUUGGCGGAGGCGAAGCGAAAGCUGGGGGGGGGGGGUUAGUGACCAUUAACCACUGCACGCAGCGGUCGUUUAGGCACAAACACUCGCUCUCAGCCACAAGAGUGAGAUUAUUUGUUGCUUUCGUGAUAUAUUUUGGGGGGGGGGGGGUUGGGGGGGGGGGCAGAAGAGGUGCAGGGGUUAGGGUGAGGAGCCGCUCGCUGUUGGUGGGGAGAAGAGCCGGCUUCCUCCCCGCCAUGGGUGCAUCAGCACCGUGAAGUGGACGUGAACACAAGAAGCUAGGGGGGCGAGGGGAGGCACGACGACGAAGAGGGGACGUUGCUUUCGAGGAGGAGAGGGGACGAAGGCAGGGGCGGUGAGAGCUCGCAUCACCGCCUCGUCUGAUGCCGCUGAUUGAUCGGUGCCAUGGAAGAACUGCACAGUCUGGACCCUCGACGACAGGAGUUGCUCGAAGCCAGAUUUAUCGGAGGAGCAUUCAAGCAGACUGCACAGGUUAACAACGAAGCAUCCAACCAAAGUUUGGGGAGCCAUGGCUCUCUAAGUGACAAGGAAACAGAGCAAACCCCUGAAAAAAAAUCACAAGACAGAGGGAGAAAGCGCAAAGCCGAUGGUCAGAGUGAUCCCAAUCAAAACAAAGGGUCUUCAAGAGGACCGAAAAUAAGUGAUUAUUUUGAGUUUGCUGCAGGAGGUGGUUCAGGAACAAGUCCGGGAAGAAGUGGCCCUGCUCUGGCCAGGAUACCUUCACAACAUUCUCUCUCACAGCCACCUAUGGCCCAGGGAAGCCCACCAUCAUCUGCGUCUACUCUCGGGGAGCAUUCUGUUGCAUCACACAGCAAUUUCCCGGUUUGCGUCUCACAAAAGAAUAUCCAGACUGAAAUAACAAUGGACAAGAUAAAGAUGCUGGAAAAUAACCAGAGCUCAGACCUGGAAAAGAAGGAAGGGAAAAUCGAUGACCUCUUAAGGGUCAACUGUGACCUGAGGCGACAGAUUGAGGAACAACAAAAGCUGGUGGAAAGGUACAAGGAGAGGUUAAAUAAGUGUGUGGUCAUGAGCAAGAAGCUUCUCAUUGAAAAGUCAGAGCAGGAGAAGCAGGCUUGCCGGGAGAAGAGCAUGCAGGACCGGCUGAGGCUCGGGCAUUUUGUCACAGUGCGGCAUGGGGCCACCUUCACCGAACAGUGGACGGAUGGCUCAGCUUUCCAGAACCUCAUCAAGCAGCAAGAGUGGAUUAACCAGCAAAGAGAAGACAUUGAGAGGCAGCGGAAGCUUCUGGCCAAACGUAAGCCACCCACUGCUGGCCACUCAGCCAGCCCAAUGCCGGCCGGGGAGCAGAAGCAGCGGAAGACCAAGGCUGUGAAUGGUGCUGAUGAGGGCUUCCUCAAGCCUGCCACACCACAGUUAUUAACAGUUGCAGAGUAUCAUGAGCAAGAGGAGAUCUUCAAAUUGAGACUGGGACACCUCAAGAAGGAGGAGGCAGAAAUCCAAGCAGAGCUGGAGAGGUUGGAGCGAGUGAGAAACUUGCACAUCCGGGAGCUCAAACGCAUUCACAAUGAGGACAACUCACAGUUUAAAGAUCAUCCCACGUUGAAUGAGCGGUAUUUGCUGCUCCAUCUGCUGGGAAGGGGAGGCUUCAGUGAAGUAUACAAGGCCUUUGACUUGCAAGAGCAGAGGUACGUGGCAGUGAAAAUCCAUCAGCUGAACAAAAACUGGCGAGAUGAAAAGAAAGAAAACUACCACAAACACGCUUGUCGAGAGUACAGAAUACACAAGGAACUGAAUCACCCAAGAAUAGUCAAGCUCUAUGACUACUUCUCGCUGGAUACAGACUCGUUUUGCACAGUGCUGGAGUACAUCGAAGGCAACGACUUGGACUUCUACUUGAAGCAGCACAAGCUCAUGUCUGAGAAGGAGGCACGCUCCAUCAUAAUGCAGAUUGUCAGUGCUCUCAAAUAUCUCAACGAGAUCAAGCCACCCAUCAUCCACUAUGACCUGAAACCUGGUAACAUCCUUCUCGUGGAUGGCAAGUCAUGUGGGGAAAUCAAGAUCACAGACUUUGGCCUCUCCAAAAUCAUGGACGAUGAUAACUACAAUGCCGUCGAUGGCAUGGACCUGACGUCGCAAGGAGCCGGAACAUACUGGUACCUGCCUCCUGAAUGUUUUGUUGUGGGCAAGGAGCCACCAAAGAUAUCCAACAAAGUGGAUGUGUGGUCUGUAGGAGUCAUCUUCUACCAGUGUCUAUAUGGCCGAAAGCCAUUUGGCCACAAUCAAUCGCAGCAGGACAUCCUCCAGGAGAAGACCAUACUGCGAGCCACGGAAGUGCAGUUCCCUGUCAAGCCUGUGGUAUCAAAUGAGGCAAAGGCCUUCAUCCGCCGCUGCCUGGCCUACCGGAAGGAGGACCGCAUCGACGUGCACCAGCUGGCGGGCGACCUGUACCUCAUGCCACAUAUUCGCAAGUCCCCAGCCAAUACGAGCGCCAACACGCCCAGCUCCUCCGCUACAGCAGCAUCCUCCAACAGCAACUCAAAUUGACGGCAUGAGGCCUCAGCGCACGCCACACGGACACGCUACGCCCUUCGCGCUGCGCCCUCUGCACAGCACGAAGAGGACGGUGAUUGGUGUGCGCAGUGCAAGACGUUGCCGAGGUGGCGGACCUCUCAGUGGCAGCUGUUUUCGUGAGGACGAGCACGCGAAGACGUGUAAAUUAGCGGCUUCAUUUGUCCGGUGUUCCACGCCUGAAGGCGAGCCAGUAGAAACGACCUCAUGGAUCCUGAGUGCUGAAUGCAGCGAACUUGUCCUCGGCGCCAAAGAGCAGCCCAGGAAGAAACGUUGGAGGCAUAGCUUAGCCAUAUGUGAUGAUCUAGCUUUACUACUCACAACUUGCAUACAUACUGUUGCUCUCCAGCUGCCGUCCCUAUUCUUUUUUUUUAACUACGGUGGGAUGUGGUAGUCGGCAUAUUGUACAGACUAAAUGUAUAUUAAAGGGAAGCUUCAGACUAAAGCUGCACGUGCAUGGGUAGUAUAAAGAGAAACAAAAGAUACUGUGUAAAUUACCAACAUUGACUUUUAGCUGCAAGUGAGCUAAAUGAGACAAAGCUUAAAGGACGUAUCACUGACAUCUGUGGAAUCCAUUGAAAUGAUGUAAUAAAAUCACUUGAAUAAUAACGAAAGAAGUUGCUCUCAUGCUUUAGAAACUGCAAAAUUCCAUGUGUACAAAUGUACAUACAGCAAUGUUUUGAAGCUGGAAAGUGAUUUCCACCUGCCACACUUAAAAAUGCGGUGCUUGCAGGUAAGCUACAUAUGUGGCGAAUUCUACACUGCACAGUGGCUAGGAAUCGCUGCAGAUGGGAACAGCUCUGCCAAAAAAAACAAAAGAAACUUGCUGUUAGGUGCUGCACUUAAUGUCAAUGAGGGAUUUUAUGCAAGCAAUAUGUUAAUUGCAAGAGCAUGGAUGAUUUUAUAAUGCAGAAGAGCGCCUUUUUCGUGUGGUAUGGCGACAACUACAAACUUCGGGGGUUUUGCUGUUGAUUGCUUUUGCACUGCAGCUCAUACAAUCGUGCCUGCCAGCCUCAUGUGCUCAUGAGUUGUGUGUGGGUGUUCACUACGAAAGCUCGAAUCAAAUUCAUCAACAGUGUGUUAUCCUUGAUGUUUAACAUUGCCGCUAUAUUGUACAGGUCAAUGACUUUAAGAAAACCUUUUCCGGCAAGUCACUGCAUGGAGCUGUGUAACGGCAUGCAGCGUGUUGUAUUGUUUCAUUGAGAAGUGGAUAUAUGUACGAGCUUAUAACGAUUUUGAUUUCUUGAUGUUUGAACAGUGAAUCAGAAUUUUUCAUUCCCCUCCCCUCUGGUUUUGAGAACCACAUGUUUGAGGCUGGAGGCUCCACUGCAUCAGCUUUUGAAUCAAAAGCGUGGGCAGUGGCGGCAGUGCUUCGACUGCCAUGAUUUUACAUUCACUGUGAAUUUCUCUAAAACGCCCUGUGUAACCAGGCGUGUAAACAUUGGUUUUGAUCUUCUGUUUGAUGUACACCACUUUACAUAACGUUAAACAGCUGCUGCUUUGUGUGUAGGUCUGAGCUGCUAAAUUGACUUGUAUGUCUCUUAGUGCACACAUUUUGAAAGCUUUUGGCUUCUGUUUUGUUUUUGUAAAGGUUUCUAGUAGAUUAAGUGUUUUAUUAAUUAAAAGGAAGUGCGGGAUGGAUGGAUAUCUUGUUGCAAAGUAAUUGUGUCAUUUAAAAAGGGCAGUGUGGUUUUGUAAACUACCGCAGAAUUCCCUCACAUUAGUGUGCCAUACAACUCUUUCCGUCAGUCAGCCUGUGGCUUUUCCUAUGUCAUUAAAAUGGAAACGAUUUC